AUGGCUGGUGUUUGGGUGUUCAAGGAUGGCGUCUUACGACUCGAGAACCCCGGUGACUGUCAGGGCUCAAAUGCUCGCCGGAAAGUGUUGGUGCACUUGCCGAGUAACGAAGUCAUCACUUCAUAUAGCGUUCUUGCAGGGAAAUUAUCAUCCCUUGGUUGGGAGAGGUAUUAUGAUGAUCCUGAUCUUCUUCAGUUUCAUAAGAGGUCUACAGUUCAUCUCAUUUCUCUCCCUAGAGAUUUCAGCAAGUUUAAGUCCAUACACAUGUACGACAUCGUCGUAAAGAAUCGCAACGAAUUUGAAGUUAGAGACUCGUAA